AUGCAAAGUGUCUGUGUGAGGAGACUGUGGGGAUCAGCACAAGUGUCCCGGCUUCUUAAAGUGACAAACAUAAACAGAUCUGUGCGGCAACUGCAACACAAAAAGGUAAUGGAGGACAACAAGCCAUGGGCUCUGACCUCAGAGCCUGGCGAAGGUUUCGUUGAAGACUUAACCAACAUAAAGAAACACUUCCAGAUCCUCUGCUACAAAGACUUCCUUCAAAACCCUCAGCUGCACGGCCCUAAAAUCCAGGCCAUGUUAGUCUGGGGCAAAAGCCCCCCAACCGAUCCUUCGACUCUCCGGUCUCUUCCCUCGCUGAAGGUGGUCGCUAACGGAGGAGUGGGCAUCGACCACCUGGACGUGCCGUACAUCAACAGUCUGGGGGUGAAGGUGACCAACACGCCCGGGGUGGUGAGCGACGCCACGGCAGACAUGGCCAUGGGUCUGCUCCUGGCAUCGGCACGCAAGAUUGUUCAAGGUCACCAAAUAUCUGUUGACCCCAACACCACCAAUCAUAAACCACAAAGCCUGAUGGGAGUUGAAGUCACAGGGUCGACUAUGGGGAUUAUAGGAAUGGGACACAUUGGCUGCAGAAUCGCUCAAAGAGGCAAAGGAUUUGACAUGAAGGUCCUGUACCACAACAGGACCAGGAGGAGCGUUGAGGAAGAGCAGGCGGUGGGUGCUACUUAUUGUGAGAAAAUGGACGACCUGCUGAAAGAGUCGGACUUCGUGGUGCUGGCGGUCAACCUGAGCCCUGAGACCACCGGCCUGAUCAGCACCAGAGAGCUGAACCUCAUGAAACCCACAGCAACACUGGUCAACAUCAGCAGAGGUCGGGUUGUGGAUCAGGACGCUCUGGUCAAAGCUCUAAAAUCGGAGACAAUUCUCGCGGCGGCGUUAGACGUGACUUACCCUGAACCGCUGCCAAGGGAUCAUCCUCUGCUGGGUCUCCCUAACGUUCUGAUCACCCCCCACGUUGGCACCGACACUCUCUCCACCAGCAGAAAGAUAGUGCAGAGGAUGGUAGAAAAUGCUGUGGCUGUACUGAAAGGCCAAUCUAUUCCCAAUGAAGUCAAACCUAAAUGAAGUCACUAUGGUUGACUCAUGUGUCCGAGGUUAGGAGGGUUUCACUAUUGCAAGAGGAAGUAAAUAUGUUAGUUUUAACCCGUCGAUUGUUCUUUCUAAUGACCUGCCAUAGUAAAUGUCAUUGAGACUUUUUAAUGGACAUUAACAUAACUACAUGCUUAAUAUCACUUUUCUGUGAACCAAUGUUGGAAAUGAAAUAACAUGAUGAUUUUAACAUUUAAAUGGAUCCUUACCAGUUUGUUUUAAAUGAAUUACAGUUACAUUUGUACAUGCUGCAAUACUUUAAAAAAAGAUUAAAAAGCUACCUCUAA